AUGUCGUAUAGGGGGUUUGGUCUAGAUACAGCUGGUGCUGCUGGGCCUAAGAAGCACUAUUCUGAAAUGACACAAGAAGAACAGGCUGAAGAAGGUGCCAAACAAAUGAUUGAAUUUAUGUCAUCAUGUCCUGGAAAAGCUGCAAUGUCUGGUGUCACUGGUUUUGGUUUGGGUGGUGUUUUCGGUUUAUUCAUGGCUAGUGUAAGUAAAUCUAUUAAAGUUUUGGUGUAUUUAAUAAUACUAACAUCCCUCAAGAUGAGUUAUGAUGUUCCAAUCGGUGGUAAUCAAGCAAGUCAUAUAUCAGAUCUUCCAUGGAAACAACAAGUUAAGAUCCAAUUCAGUGAUAUGGGUAAAAGAGCUUGGUCUAGUGCAAAGAACUUUGGUUACAUUGGUAUGAUUUAUGCUGGUGUCGAAUGUGGUGUUGAAUCAGUAUGUUGA